GAAUCGUCACCAUAUCACCAACAGCAUGGUUCUGAUUUGGGAAGUGGUACACUGGAGGUACCUGCUCCUAAUGCCUCGGUGGCUCAACGUUCAUUAUCACCAUCCAGUGCCGUAUCAGCUGAAACGAUCAGCUAUAGUUUGGGGUCUUCCAGGGCAAAUUCCUUACCGCGCCCCACAAGUCCAUCGCCUUCUCUUGCCUCAGAGAAAACCGAGGUAGAUAUACAAGAAAAACAAGAACGUGAAGAAGAAGAGCGGAAAAGAAGAAUACAACUCUAUGUUUUUAUAUCAAGAUGUAUAGCUUAUCCUUUUAAUGCAAAGCAGCCUACUGAUAUGACUAGGCGACAAACAAAAAUAACAAAGCAGCAGUUAGAAAGUAUCAUCAAUCGGUUUCAAAGUUUUUUGAAGGGAGAAACGCAAAUUAUGGCAGAUGAAGCCUUUCAAAACGCUGUACAGAAUUAUCACGAUGUGUUCUUGAAAUCCGAAAGGGUUGUAAAAAUGGUACAAUCUGGUGCCUGUUCACAAUAUGACUUCAGAGAAGUUUUUAGGAAUAACAUAGAAAAACGAGUUAGGUAA